GCUACCCCGACGGCGAGCGGCCGUCGGACCGGCGCCUUUUAGGUCGUAGUCGUGUGUCGCUACGUCGAACUUCGAGUCCGUCGUUGUCGUGCAGCUUGUCGCUAGGACAGCGCGCGGCGGCGCCCAUGUGAGAAAUUAGGGUUUGAAGCUAGGACAUACGGUCCUGUACUACUAUAGUACCAAUGGCAAUAUCUGAUAUCAGAGAACUUUCGAAGUGGUGAAUACCUAGUGAAGUUGACGAGGGGCUGCCAGGCGUGUUGGCAGAAAUGGGCCCUCCAUGCGACGCUUCUUUUCCAAUUGCCAGGGCCCUGCUUCUGUGCACCCUGCUCCCUGUCUUUGUCGCUUCAUCGGUGGACUAUAGCUCAUACUCACGAGAGUCGAUUGGGGGGAGGAAUGUUCUUAUUGAAGACCCGACUCCUGCAUCAGUUGAUGGUGGUCACUCAGAGGUACACCUGCAGGGGGACCAAGUGGCAUGGAGGCCCCGCCUCCCCCUGCCGCCGGUGGCUGCGGGCGGCGUCCUUGGGUGUGAGCACAGCCGGCAGGGGCGCCACCUCGUGGUGGACGACACAGGCUUUGUCUGCAGCCGGGCGUCCUUCAAUGGCACCUCUGGCUGCUGCAUGGAGCAAAACGUGCGCGACCGCUUUGCUUGCACGAGCUGCGACCCCGACCGCCACUGCUGCAGCCAGUACGAGUACUGCGUCGCAUGCUGCAUGGACCCCCUCAAGACGUCACUAGAGGACGCCUUGUCUGCCCCCAUCGCCCACCAACCGAGCGCAAAGCCGUUCGACACUGUGUUUGCGCUGUGCCAGAGCCGGUGCCGCUCCAACUCUGACAGCGUGGUGCACGAGAAUGCGUACAAGAGCGACCUGCACCACUGCUACAGCCUGGCCGGAGGGGGGGAGAACGCCAGUAGCGUGGACGGGGAGCACUUCAAAGGGGAGGUCUCCGAGCCAGGACAGUCGUGCGAGGAGACGUGCGCGGGGCGGAGCAUGCAGUGUCUUGCGGCAGCGCUGCGCACCAUCAAUACCUGCGACUGGCUGAAGCAGUUCUUCACAUGCGAUGGCGGCUGCUCCGUUAGUGCCGGGGCCGACCAGCCCGCGGAGGUGGUCGACGAUGCCCCUCCGCAUCAGAGACCGGGAGCUUGCCUGGUGAACGAAAACGAGGAGACAUUGUCAUGUGAAGGGCGGCAUCCAAUGACAAGGAGGCUCUGCCCAUGUGCAGCUGUGACCUGACUGUCCUUUACGAGCAUCGCUUUGCAGUCGGUCGGAAUGCUCCAAAAUUUAAGCAUCAUCUUUUUGGUUUGAAGAACGAAGAAUAGUAAUCAUUCAUCGUUAUGAAAGAAGGAAUGUCAUUGUGCCGAAGAAGUGUGUAUCGGAUGGCGCCAUCAUG